CUUCCAGUCCAGUACCCCUUCACACUUCAAUCAGUGCGCUUGGUUCGCGUUCUGUGAAUUCGUGAUAAGGAAGCUGCCGGUUCAACGAGUUGAGUUUUGUGCCAAAACGCGAAGAGCGAUUGAGAGGAGUACUUUUUACAUUCACCAUUGGACGUGAGAUAAAAAUGGCUGAGAGUAAGGGCGCGUUGAUCGCGAAGACAGUGCAAAAACACGCAGGUAGAGCGAAAGAGAAGGUGAGUCAGAGUUGGAUACGUUUUCACUCCAUGUUACUGCACAAGUAAAAACAUUAUAAACAGUUUUUACAAAAUCUGGGGAAAGUUGACAGAACCGCAGAUGAUAUAUUCGAUGAACAUCUUCAAAACUUCACUAGACAGCAAAAUGCUGCAAAUAGACUUCAAAAGGAAUUUAAUAAUUAUAUCAGAUGUGUUCGAGCGGUACAAGCCGCAUCGAAGACGCUCAUGGACUCCCUGAAUGAAAUAUACGAAAGCCAAUGGACUGGACACGAUCUCCUUUACGUCCAAGCACAAAGUCUAGACAUGUUGUGGCAAGACUUCACUCACAAACUCGCCGACCAAGUGCUCUUACCUCUAAACACGUAUCAAAGUCAGUUUCCUGAGAUGCGGAAAAAAGUCGACAAACGAGGCCGAAAGCUGGUGGAUUACGACAGUCAAAGGCACGCCUUCCAGUCUCUGCAGAGUAAUCCAAAGAAAAGAGACGAGCUAAAAGUCACUCGGGGGAAAGACUUGUUGGAUGAGGCUAAGCGAACCUACGAGCAAUUAAACUCGGAACUCCACGACGAACUGCCGGCCUUGUACGACUCACGUGUUCUUUUCCUGGUCACUAAUCUUCAGACUCUUUUCGCCGCGGAACAAGUUUUUCAUGCCGAAAGUGCCAAGGUUUUCUCGGAACUUGAGGCGAUAGUCGACAAACUCGCAAAUGAUAGUCAAAGGGGUUCGUAUAGCUUGAAAAAGAUUUCGGAACCUCAAUCACCUAAAUCGCCGAACGCCAAUUCAGCAUUGAUAAUCAACACGCAACCGGCUAUUAACAAUAUUUCAUCAGCUUUGGGUGAUUCUACAGCAGCGGCGAGAGAAGAUUCCUCGCCAACGACUCAAUUGAAUGGAAAUGCUAACAGCAAUGCUAAUAGCAAUGAUAACUCCCUCAAUAACCAAGAUACAUCCCCGAAAAAUUCAACUGUACCUGCCAAAAGAGUCGAAGAAUUGUACGAUAUACCUGUUGAGGUGGAAUAUGAAAAUGGUACCGAUUUAUCUACAGGGGCGACAACUGACAACUUGCCACAAGGAGUUUUGUACAGGGUGAAGGCGACGUAUAAAUACAACCGCGAAGACGUGGACGAGCUUUCGUUCGACGUGGGUGAAAUCAUUUGUGUUGUCGAAUACGAAGAUCCGGAAGAACAAGAGGAAGGAUGGUUAAUGGGGAUCAAGGAAGGUACUAACGACAAGGGGAUGUUCCCUGCGAACUUUACAAAGCCUCUGUGAACGCUUUGCUCAAUGCGCAACAUACACUCCAAUGCUCACAGAAACAGCGUAUUUUUUUAAGGUGGUCGAAGCGAUGUAAUACCGAAAGUGAGAAUUGUGCAGUCAGUCAAGGUAUUAUACGAAGUUCGUGGAGAAUCGAAAGAAGCAGGACGUAUCGUCGUAUCGUCGUAACGACGGGAUAGUAUUUGAUGGAGGGUACUGCGAAGGAAUGAGGAUCAAUCAACCCAGAGUGCCUUAACCAGCCACUGUCUGUGCCAACCGACAUUCACUGCUUAUACAUAGUAUGGAAUUGUCCUCUCAUAUCUCGAGUAUCAAGGAUAUGCAUCACUAAUCAAAUGAGAGAUUUAAUUAAUGAGUAAUUAAAUAAUAUAAUACCAAUCUACAUACACGCAAUAUUAUUAUAAUAUAAAAGUCUAUAAUAUUAAAUUAAUAUUAUUUUAUGAAAUUGUACAUAGAUGCAUACUUUAUAAGACUAUUUUACGAAGUAACUUUGCGGCCACGGAAUUCGUCGUUAGGGAGUAAUUGUAAAUCUUAGGCUAUUUGCGAAAAAUUCCCUCGUUUUUCGAGCGGGUGCCAAAUUGUUCGUGGUCCAAUUUAUCUACUCGCAAUUGUCAAAUAGGGUGACUCGCUCAGACGAGUCAAUUAGAAUCGAAGCGAAACAAGAACACCAAUAAGAAACAAGAAUAGUUCCCAUUAGGCGACACUCAGCGACUCUGCACGAGAAUCCUAAUCAUGUCGAUACCUCCACGUUGUAAAAGAAUCUCUCGAAACUGACCGCGCUUUACUUUUUCAGUUGGCCCUCAGUUUUGCACUCAUACGCGCGAAGAACCGACAAAUUUAGUAAUGAUUACUCUAUAGUUUAGUAUAUUAUUUUAAUAAACUCAAAAUAAUUCAAAUGAAUUAAAAAAAUUCAAAAUAACAUACUAAACGAGAGGCCAACUCAAAAACCAAAACGGUUGGUUUAAACGACCAGCGGCAGAAUGGUCGUCUACUAAACUACAGAGGUAUCGAUGUACCUUCGCAAACUCGAAUCGAGUCAAAGCUCGAAGGCACCGGACUGCAUUAUAUAUUGCAUUAUACACGUUGAUAUACUCGAAUGUUGUCGAUAAAAGUUAUAGAUUUUAGAUUUUUUCGAUGAAACGCAUUUUUAUUACUCUGCUAAUGGGAUCUAUUUACCGACUGUAUAUCUACAUUUUAUUUACGAUUUGUUUAUGACGCAUUGUUAAUUAUGUAUGUAAAAGUAAAUCCUUUGUAAAUCCUUUUUUAAAGCGGCAGCUCUAAUUAUCCGAUUGAUUUUAUUUGUUGCUAAAGGACAUAAUUGAAAUAGUACCUUUAAUAAUUGAAUAAUGGUUCAGGUUUUCCAAACCUUCUCAGUAAGAAAUCUAGAGUUAUUUGCACUUUAGAAUAAACAGGAAAGGGAAACUUGUAGCAAAUCCGCGAAUACCUUCGUUCAUGGAUUGUUUUCAUUGUUAAAUUUGAAUAUUUUUGCUAAAGGUUCGAUCCAUUGUUACACUAUCAUAAGGAAUCUAGGUGCAGAAAAAUGUAUUUAUCCACUGAUUAUUUUUCCAGCGUUCUCUUAAAAGUUUGUAACUGAUCAGAGUUCAGUUUCAGCGAACACAUCGAAAUUGUACCGACAAUCACAUAUGUAAAUCAACAUUUACUGAUAAAAGUUGAAUCAUAAAUCAUCAAAAUAUCAAUCUAAUGACCAUAAAAUGAAGUUUAAUUUCCAGAUUUAACAAUGCCGACCAAGUGGAAUUUAUCUCUGCUUACAAUUUUAUGGACUUAGAACAUUCCUCUGUCAUUUUAUAAUAGAUAGAUCUAUUAAUUUGAGAUAACGCUGUAAAUCUAGUCGUCACUUUUGCCAAGUUGUUGUUUCAAUGAUCACCAAAUUUGUAAAAUAGUUUUAAAAAAAGUAAAACUUUUCUUUUGCCCAAUUGCAACCACUGAAAGAAGCAAUCAAAUGAUAAAAAAUCAAAUGUUAAUUGAGUUCCAUCGAAAAAAUAAAUUAAUACAGCUAAUCGGUGUAUCAAUGUAUUAGCUAUCCAUUGUUAUUUCAUUUGUCACUUUUACGUCAUGUUGUUUAAUUCUACGGGAGCCAUAAGUCAUAUCUUCAUAAUCUUAACCUAAAGUAAUAAUAUAGUAACGAUUAUUAAGCUUCUCUGAUUGUAAUUAUUGUCUGUCUCGAUUGGAUAUCGAUAACAAUAAAUAGAUAGUGGUUUGUAA